AUGCUGGGCACUGAUUUCCAUGAUAAAGAACUUGUCGAUCAUGUAAACAUUUUUAGCUUUAGAUUAUUCUGCAACGCUGAGUAUGACCAGCAUGGUGUCCAGCAAUACCGAACGUGGCAAUACAACGAUGAAUCAUCGUUGUUAAUUGUAUUGAAACUUUGUAGAACGAGUUGCCUUUGUUUCAUUAUGUCUUGUGAAAGUAGUGAUCCUAUAGCACAAUCACCAUCACCACCACCAGAACUCAAGUUCAAACUCCCAACAACGAGUGAUUUUGAUAGUGAACUAUAUGGCUGGUCAAGUGACGAGAUUCAGUCAAAACUACCAACAGAUAUUCUGCUAAUAACAGCAAAUGAUCAUGAAUUCAAUGCUUGCUAUUCAUAUAUGAAACACGUUCAACGAGGUGUUUGUAAAAAGCUAGGAUAUGUAUAUUUUGGUCAAUUUGGUGAUCAGAAUGACCCGAAAGUGAGAGUUGCAUUGAUGAAAUGUUGGCAGGGACCGGCUGCGGCUCUGAUAGCAGUGAAAAAUGCCGCUGAAAUUUUAAAUCCAAAAGUAGUCCUUUUCGUCGGGAUCUGUGCAAGCAUGAAACCGACGAAGGCAAAACUUGGCGAUGUCGUGAUUUCUGCCAAACUGGCAACUUAUGAUGAUAAGAAAAUUAAGGAAAAUGGCACAGUGGAGCAUCGCGGCACCAAAGCGAACGUUAGUAGAAAUAUGGCUCGUCUUAUUCUCAAUGCAGCUGAUGGUUGGAAACCACCGUUAAAAGACCAGAAUAGUUUAAAUGUCGCCGUUCAUCGUGACGCUGUAAUGUUAAGUGGCUCGGAUUCAGUUGAUAGUCUUGACAUACGACAAAAGUUAGCGAAACAUUUCCCAGAUGCACUCGGUCUUGAAAUGGAGGGUGCAGGUAGGUAAAAGCCUCCCUCAUCAUUCAAGUGCUCCACACCGAUAAGGCUUCAAACCGGUGUAUUGUACCAACCGGUGUUUAAACAUGAUAGGCCUUGAUGCGCCAUUAAUGCAAAAUGGGUUAGCAUUAUGCCUACGACAGGAACACACGUCUGAAUUUAAUUUUUUAAUUUUUAGGUCUACUUGCAGCAGCGUAUGAUAUUGGCAUGGAAUGGGCUGUUGUCAAAGCAGUGUCGGAUUUUGCUGACGGAAGUAAAGAGAAAACAAAACAUUGGCAGCCAUUUUCCAGCGCAAUGGCGGCAUCUGUUGUAUAUAAUAUGUUCAAAUAUCCUGUUGUGCUAGAAGACUGGCCUCACCACAAGCCAAACGACGUGGAAGGUAUACCUUAAAUACAAUUUUGGAAUUAUUUUAAAUAUAAAUUAUACACGUCGUUAUAUUUUCGUUUUUAGCCAUCCCCACAACUUCACGUAAUGACACAAAAAUUGGUCAGUUGGAUCAGGUAAGUAUAUCAUUACGAAUAGUGAACUUUAUUUAAGCACGGAGGUCUGUCAUCGAAAAUGAGAUGAUCUUCCCAGGCAUCUGACAUCUUCAUUCCUUUCUUCCCCCAUAUAUUCCUUGCAUCUAUUUUUUCUUCCUUUCUUCUAUCAUUCCAAUCCUUUUCCCUUUAUUGCCUAUUUAUCUUCUAUCUCAUUACCUUAUUUAUGACCAAUAAAAAAUCUCUCCCUCUGACAGAACACUGAGUACAAAGCGAAAAGGCCAAGGACGACGCAACUGGAGAAACUGUAG